UGUUGAAGGAAAUUAGGUGACUCUUUUGGGAAGCUGACUUUUUAAAAGCACGGCCAGACCAUGCUAUGACGACUUCCCUGAUCCUACAUCCACAUUGGGCGGAUACCUUGAUGUACGUGUAUGAAACAAGCCCGAAUGAAAAGAAUCCCAGGAAAAGCGCAGCCAUGGAAGGACUGAGUGGGAACUGUGCAAGCAGCCACUGUCGGGAUUUUAUCUCUCACCCGGGGCUGGGGCGCCAUUCUGGUGCCAUUGGAUCUCACCAAGGACCGGUGUACACGGACAUUACCUCCCCAGAAGCAGCGAGACAAUGCGCCGCUCCCCCGACUUCUUCCAGCGCGUCCCUCGGCUAUGCGUACCCAUUUGGAAGCAGCUACUACGGCUGCCGGUUGUCCCAGUCCCACAACGUUAAUUUACACCAGAAACCCUGCUCUUACCAUCCGUCCGAGAAAUACCCAGAGCCCAGCAACCCCUUGCCCAGCGAAGAAUUCUCCUCCAGGGCCAAGGAAUUUGCAUUUUAUCCCAGUUUUGCCAGUUCUUACCAGGCGGUCCCUGGCUACUUGGACAUGUCAGUAGUGCCGGGGAUCAGUAGCCACCCGGAGCCCAGACAUGACUCUCUGCUGUCUAUGGAAGGCUACCAACACUGGGCUCUCCCUAACGGCUGGGACGGACAAGUCUACUGCUCAAAGGACCAAUCGCAAUCCGGUCACUUAUGGAAAGCACCUUUCCCAGAUGUGGUCCCCCUGCAGCCAGAGGUGAGCAACUACCGCAGGGGCAGGAAAAAGCGAGUCCCCUAUACAAAGAUCCAACUGAAAGAACUGGAGAAGGAGUAUGCGGCGAGCAAGUUCAUUACCAAAGAGAAGAGACGGAGAAUCUCCACUGCAACAAGUCUGUCUGAGCGACAGGUCACAAUAUGGUUCCAAAACAGAAGAGUCAAGGAAAAAAAAGUCGUAAUUAAAUGUAAGAGCUCUGCUCACCUUCACAACACCUGACACGAGGAGGACACCUAGCUAGGCCCUUAUGUGAACAAAUAUUUAUCUCAUUCCCAUGUAUAGGACACAGGUCCAGCAGAGACUCCUCCGAGGAAUAUUUAAUAUAGAAAUGGAACAAGUGGCCACCCCACAUGUCCCCUUAUUUUUUGUGCUCUUUCUAACCCAGCCAUGAAUAAUAAGGAGACUGAUGGAGUGUAGGCUCUCACCAUAUAUAUAUAUAUAUAACAUAGGACACAUUUUUUAAAGGGCACACAACCCUGACGCAAUCAUUGGGAGCGAUGGAGGUUUAAGUCCCUCUGUUCCAUUUUCUGAAGUCUUGAUGAAUUGUCUGCUAUAAGCUGUAUAUACUGUGCGUUCUGCGGUGCAUCUGUACCACACCUGUCUGUUGCCUAUGCUUGGAUAUGAAAUACAUCAGUUUAGACAUCUGCAUCUUCUUAUGAUCACUGAACUCAUGACCAGCGCCUACGGUUGCACUUAACCCUUGCAGCGCCAGAGAGUGGCCUCUGCUGCUGACACUCCCCGUUCCCAUGUACCAUACCCCUAUGUUCUGCUUUAGAACACACAUCUGCCCCUCUGUAUUUUCACUAACAAGCUCUUUCAUUCUGUGGCAGCAGUAAAUUGGAAUUUACUAGCAAGAAAAAUUGAGUAAAAGUAAUAAUUAAAAGCAAAAAAAAAAAAAGCAUACUUAUACAUAGUUAUAUAUUUGCUUUACACAUCAGUAUUAUAUAUAUCUUCCUGCCUCAGAAUAUUUAAGGCGAAUAUUAUUAUGACACAUGCAUCCACUGUCGGGGAAGUAUGUUUGUUUCAGUCACAUUGAUUGGACGUUACCCUACAACAUAUGCUAUAUUUAAAAAAAAUCACUUUGAAGUUUGUUUUUUUUAGUUUAAAUCGAAUAUACCCAUUGACAGUCAUUAACACUGCUGCAUUUUCCAGACAAGCAGAGUUUUCCCAUAAGGUAUGCUGUAUGCAACUCGUUUAUAUGAUUUUGUCGUGUAUAAUGUAUAGUAUUGUGGUGUCUAAAUAUAUUAUGUAAUGGAUAAAGAGUCAUUUCUUGGAAAUAAAUGUCACUUGACUUGA